AUGGUAGCAAUCCACCAUAUGUUCCCAAUCCCACAUCAAUUUGGAUUACUGCCUCUAGAAUAUGGUUUAAAUGAAGAGGCAGAACAUGCAGCGCUUGUGCAGUCACUAGAACAUGGUUUAAAUGAUGAGGCAUAUUAUGGAAAGCUUGUACAGCCACUAGAACAUGGUUUAAAUGAUGAGGCAGAAAAUGCAGUACUUGUGCAGCUACUAGAACAUAGUUUAACUGAUGAUGCAGAAUAUGCAGCUUGUGAAAGGCUUGUGCAGUACCUGUCUAUGUGCAUUGCUGAUUCGAUGUCUGAAGAAGAGAAGUUAAGCCAUUGCCAAAGCUUCACUGAUGGCGAAAAACGAAUCAUUGUCACCACCACCAACAUGCCGGGAAUAAAGAGAAAGAGAAUUAACAUCGUCAUAAACUACGAUACUCCUCUCUGUGCUAAAAGUUAUCACAAACUGGUGGACUCUACCAAGUUGGUUAUAACAUUCGUCUCGUCAUCUGCUGACUUUGAAGUCAUUAGUGAUAUUGAAGAAAUUUCUGAUCUACUUCCACAAUUGAUGCCAAAAUUUACAUGA